AGCCGUGGAGAUAGAGAGAGAGAGAGAGAGAGAGAGAGAGUGUGUGUGUGUGUGUGCGCGCGUGCGUUGAUCAUGGUGCGGAAGGCGAAGGUGGAGUUCGACGAGCAGGCGCCGGACGGGUUCGACCCGGCGAAUCCGUACGGGGACCCGGUGGCGAUGCUGGAGAUGCGGGAGCACCUGGUGCGGGAGAAGUGGAUCCAGAUCGAGACGGCCAAGAUCCUCCGCGACCGCCUCCGCUGGUGCUACCGCAUCGAGGGCGUCAACCACAUCCAGAAGUGCCGCCACCUCGCCCGCCAGUACCUCGACGCCACCCGCGGCGUCGGCUGGGGCAAGGACUCCCGCCCCCCCGAACUCCACGGGCCCAAAAAGGAUCUUGAUGAUUGAUUAGUUCUUCCUCCCUUCUCAAGAAGAAUAAGGAGGAGAACAAGUCAAUUAAGCUGCGGUGAGGCGGUCAGGGUAAAUGAGGGCAGUGCCAACCACUUGUUUAAAUGGUUUUUUGUCUCUUAAACUUACUUCCCGGCACGCGGUGCCUGUUUUCAGAAGUCCAUUACUUGUUGAACUUCAUAAUAAUGGAUAACGGAGAAGUUUGCAUUGCUUCCUCCUUUCUGUUUUCUUUUGUUGUCAAAAGAACAAAAUAUUUAUUACCGUUUGCUUUGCACAGCAUCUGAUCUCAUAUUUUGUCGGUUCUACUUCUCAUUUCAAAUGGUGAUCUCCAAUAUAGUAAGUCGAGCAUCAAUGGCUAGCACGGAACUGCGUGUGUUUGCUUCGGAGUGAAAAUAAAAAGGUUCUUCAUUGGCCUAGUAA